CACAAAGGAGCACGCGAGCACUUACGUCUCCCCAUCAUGCACGCGUACCGCCGGCCACAAUGAACCAAGAACUGAGCCGGCAGUCGAGUCUGACUUCAUUCCCGGACCCGGAUCUAAGCACAGUUGCAAGUUUGCAGGGUACCGGCAUCGAACCCAGGGCGGAUCAUUUAGUAGAAGCUUCAGAUCUGGAACAAGAUGCUCCUGUGUUCGAGCGAGAUGCAACGUCUACAACGACACGGGAACGCGCACUAAGUGAGCCUUUGAGUGAAUUGCUUGAUGGCGGUGGCCACCCUUCCAUGUUUGAUACGCAGGAACUGGAUCUCGGCAAUCCCCAGAACUUGGCAAUCGCGAGUAAAGACAGCAUCCAGAGAGUGGUGCGGCAUAGGGGCGCUGUUGAAUUAGUGCGGCAUUUGAGCAGAUUGCUGGCUGAGAGAGAUGCGCAUGUCACUGCUUUGACGAGAUUGGCAGAGGAGUACAAGGUGCCCAAGGAGCGCAUUGCCGAGACUGCGGAUCGAGUGAAGCAAGCCGAGAACCGACGAAGAAGCCUUGCAAAGGCGGCAUCCGAGGAGCUGGUGCAAAGGAACGGGAGUGUGACUAGCAAGGCGCCCAGUAUUGCGGAAGAGCUGCCAGAGGCCAACGGAAACGCUACGAUUAGAGGUCUGACGAGAUUCUUUGGUGGCAACGGUAAAGGAACUACGAAGAAGAAGGAAAGCGCUGUCGCCUCGCUGCAAAGCUCAUCAUCUUCGAGGUCAAGUUCAAUACAACCGUCAGCUGCUAGAGCCGCCAAAGCACCGAGGCCGAAAUCGAUUGACGUCCAAAGUCUUAACAGCGUGGCAAGUGGAGACAGUAUGGGGUGGGCUACCACUUUGUUCGGCGGGAUGAGUGCUGCCGGUGGCACAAUCAAGGGCUUGGGAGGAAGCGGCAACCGCCGUGCUUCAGAACGCGAACCUAGGGAGCCCGUGGAGAUGAGCACACGACAUGAUGAGAGGACACUACCGCCUACUCUUUCGAAGAAUCUACUUUCACAGCCAGCUCCCACUCCCCACGAUGCCGAAUGGAAUCGAUUUUUAAAUCGCGUACAGCGCUCUCGGGAGCAAGCCGGUGAAGAGGCAAGAUCAGGUGAACUCAUUGGAGCCUCACGCUUUGGCAACGAAGGCUCGACUGGCAAGCAGAAGCAAGAAAUGCUGACUAAACUUGUACUGGGAGGAAUUCCUAUGCGGUUUCGGCACGCGAUCUGGAUGGAACUCUCCAACACGCAGUCUGUUGUCCAGCCUGACGCUUACGAGCUGUAUCUGAAUGCAGACACCGAGAACUCCGACCCCACCGAAGUCGACGCCAUAUUGAAAGAUGUGCCGCGAACAUUGACCAGCAAAUACGACUAUUACGCAGAAAAGGGCUAUGACCGAUUACGUCGCCUUCUGAUCGCCUUUGUCUCCAAGUAUCCAGGUCUAGGGUAUACACAAGGACUCAAUAUGAUUGCUGGGUACCUGUUACUGGCUAUACCAGACGAGAGUGACGCCUUCUGGAUGCUAUGCAACAUGGUGGAUUCCUUUUUCCCAGUGGACUACUUUAGCAAAGCCACCGCCAUGUCGAUUCCCAUUGCCGACAACAUCGUCCUGCGAUCAUACGUCAAAGAACAGCUCCCAAAACUAGCUGCAAAAAUGGAUAGCCUCGACAUUGCACCCGAACAUACCGUGCCACUUUCUUGGUUCCUGACAGCUUUCACUUCCGUCCUGCCCGAAUCAGUUCUGCUCAGAAUAUGGGACGUGUGGUUGUGUGUUCCUGGACAGAAGACGUUCAUCUUCAAUGUCGCUUUGACGUUACUUGCAAUUCAUCAGAAAGGUCUCAUGGACUGUGAAGAUCAGAGCGAGUUUUGGGCGUACAUGAGCAACAAGAUCAAAGUCUCUGAGGAGCCAGAAAAGGUCAACGACUUGAUUAAAAGUGCUUUUGUCAUGAGGAAAAGACUUGAACUCGUGGAGCAGAGGAGGGCUGUGGAGGUGAAGAAGAGCAUGAGAAGGACAGCGAGCACGGAAGCAUUGUAUAGUCCAGAUGGAGAGGCGGCGCAUGGUGGGGCAUUGUCUUCGACUUGAUUCUACCAAAAAGGUGUAACUGGUGUUCCUGGUGCAGGCGUUGGCGGCAUGGUCGGACGGCUUCUUCGCCUCCUUUGAAGAUACCCUCUUAACGUACAUGACACACUGAGAAAUCACAGUCAGUGUUUUUGAAACUUUGAUGUGGUAGCA